AUGCUGUUCCUCUACACGCCCACCUAUCUGAGCAAAGUUCUCGGGUUCGGCGUCUCGAGCACGGGGAUCACGUCCGCCAUCGUGCCAAUAGCCCAGGGCACCGUGAAGGUGAUUGCAGGCACGGUAUCCGAUAAAAUCCACAUCCCGGAAGGCAUCAAAGUCCGUAUCUUCAACACGGUCGGCUUCACCGGCGCCUUCAUCGUGCUGUUGGUCAUCUCCUUCUCCGGCAUCAGAAAUGGGACAGUCUGCCUGGUGCUGCUCGGCGUCACCGGGGCGUUCAUCGGACUGAACACGGGCGGGUUCUUCCGCGCUUCCCCCGUCCUCUCCAAGCAGUACACGUCAUUCGUGACGGGAAUGAUAUCCGUCUGCUUCUCAAUCGCCAUGCUAAUUCUGCCGUUUUUCGUCGACGGCGUCACGGAGAACAACACGAGGGGCGAAUGGGAGAUUGUUUUUGUUGGCACGGGCGCCGUUAUGGCAAGUAUU